AUGUUCUCCUCUCUUUCCCCCAAAUCUCUGGCGACCCUCGUGGCCGCUCUGGCCGCGAUCGCCCCGGCCGUCUCGGCCAAGGACUCGCGGACGUUUGCCGUCCUGCGCUUCCACGGCGACGAUCCGCUGACCAUCGGCCGCACCGACCCCAUUGUCAGCCCCGGUGGUCCGUCGUCGCACGUGCACGUCGUCCAGGGCGGCAACGCCUUUGGCAACUCGGCGACGGGCGAGUCGCUGCUGAAGUCGACGUGCAGCACGGCCAACAUUGCCGGCGACAAGAGCGCGUACUGGAUGCCGCAGGUCUUCUUCCACGACCCCAAGAACGGCUCCUUUGAGCCCGUGCCGCUGUUCUACAUGAACGUCUACUACUUCUUCGAGGCCACCAACGACGACAUCACGGCCUUCCCCGUCGGCCUGCAGAUGGUCAGCGGCAGCGCCACGCGCAAGACGGCCCCCACCACCGGCAACGACGUCCUCGACCCCGCCGAGGGCACCAUCCAGCCUGCCCAGUUCACCUGCCCGCGCUCCAGCUACGACCCGCCCUCGUACCCGGUCGGCUCCGACGGCUCCAUGGCCGGCCUGCAGGACACGAACAACAAGGGCGCCGGCGCCGGCUUUCCCUUUGCCGAGUGCGACGGCUACGCCUCGCCGCUGCGCGCCGACCUGCACUUCCCCUCGUGCUACGACCCGUCCAAGGCGCUGACCGACUUCCAGAGCAACACGGCCUUCCCGACCGACGCCGGCGACGGCAAGCAGGACUGCCCCAAGGGCUGGCUGCACAUGCCGCACCUCUUUUACGAAAUGUACUGGAACACGCCCCUCUUUGUCGACCGCUGGGACCCCGCCGCCGCCGACAGCCAGCCGUUUGUGCUGUCCAACGGCGACGCCGCCGGCUUCUCGCUGCACGGCGACUUUUUGGCCGCCUGGGACACGACGGUGCUGCAGCACAUUAUCGACACGUGCGACGCCGGCGACGCCGGCAUGGACCAGUGCGCGGGCGUCGACACGGUGCUCAAGGGCAACUGCAACAUCCCCAACCCGACGCCCGAGGACGUCACCGGUGUGCUGUCGGCGCUGCCCGGCAACAACCCGCUGUUUGGCUGGCAGUACGGUACGGGCAGCGCCACGGGUGCCACGGGUGCCACGGGUGCGACGAGUACCUACGGCUCUGGCAAGUCUGGCUCUUCUUCGUCUGCCGCUGCCGUUGCCGCUCCUUCGUCUGCCAAGGCCUCGACCCCCUCGUCGUCGCCUGCCGUCGUCGCCAACCACGCCGUGUCCAGCGCCGACGCCAAGACGGAGGCGCCCUCUCCUUCUCCCACUGUCUCUCCCUCUCCCUCUCUCUCGCCUUCGUCGCCGUCUGUCGUCGUCUCGUCCCAGGUUGCCGCCGUCUCGGCUGCCCCUUCGUCGUCUUCUGCUGUCGUCUCGUCUGUCGAUGCCACCUCUACCGGCUGUGCCGCACCAACCGACAUUUCCACGACCAUUGUCACAGUCCCCGUGACCGUCUACUCGACGUCGACGUCGGCCAUCUACCAGACAGCCGCGGCGUGCACUCUAUCGUCGGCCGUCUCGUCCCCUUCGGCGCCCUACCCGACGUCUGUCGUGGCCUCGGCCGCCGGUGCCGCCAAGCGCAGCGAGCACAUGCAUCGUCACGUCCACGCACGGCGUCACUAG